AUGGAUGAAGAGGGAACAGGUGGACCAGGUAGGCAGCCAAGAAGGACCCUAGGUGAUUAUUCACAACAACAUGGUCCUAGGCAUUUCUCUAGUAUUGCAACUCCAAAUACUUCUAGAGCAAUGGUGAUGAAGCCUGCCUUCCUUACUUUGGUUAGCUCACAACAAUUUGCUGGCCUUGAUCAUGAGGACCCAUAUUCACAUCUUUCAAAUUUCUAUGAGUUAUGUGGAACAAUGGGAAUUCCUGAGGGUGAUGAAGAAGCUGUAUAUUUGAGGUUGUUUCCAUUCUCUUUAACAGGAAAAGCUAAAGUUUGGUUACAAUCUCACCCAAAUCAAAGUUUGACAAGCUGGGGUGAUGUGGAAAACAAGUUUGUGAACAGAUUCUAUCCUUCAUCCAAGUAUAUUAAGGCCAAGUCAGAAAUCACUACUUUCAGGCAAGGUGCAGAUGAACCAUUUUGUGAAGCCUGGGAGAGGUUUAAGUCAUUGCUCAGAAAAUGUCCUAACCAUGGGUUUGAGGAUAUAGCUCAACUAAAUUUCUUUGUUAAUGGAAUCAAGCUUGAGGUGAAGAUGUUAUUGGAUGCAGCAGCUGGUGGCACCAUGAUGACUGUGAGUCCAGAAGAAGCUACUCAAAUCAUAGAAUCUCUGGCAUCCUCUGAUCACCAAGCAGAGCAUGGGAGACAUCAAUCUCAUAAAAGAGGAGUCCUUGAUCUUAGUACUAAUGAUGCAAUCCUUGCACAGAACAAGCUGCUAUCUCAACAGAUUGAAGCAUUGACUAAGCAGAUGGCCAAGAUUCCACAACAACUUCAUGCUAUUACUUCUUCUUCAACUCAAUCACAUUCUUCUUUAAAGUGUGAUUUUUGUGGGGGAGAUCAUCCCAAUGGUCAUUGUUCUGAAACUUCAAAUGAAGAAGAAGUCAACUAUGUGGGCAACCAACAGAAAGGAGGUAAUUUUAAUUCCCAUAAUUAUAAUACUAACAAUUAUAUGCAGGGAAAUCAAGGUUGGAGAAAUAACAACAACCAAGGAUAUGGAUGGAGGAAUGAAGCUGGACCAUCCACUAGGCCACCACAACAAUCACAGCAACAACAACCUGUUUAUCCUUCUAUGCAUGAAAGAACCAGCAAAUUGGAGGAGACUCUGAACCAAUUCAUGCAGGUAUCUAUGAACAACCAGAAGAACACUGAAGCUUCCAUCAAGAACUUGGAGGUGUAG